CUCUGCCGCAGAUGUUGCGGCACAUGCUCUAGCGAUGAUGUAUAAGUGCGCGGGAGGGGCGGCGUAAUGAGGGCGAGUAUGAGGAGCAGGUGAUGUGAGCCGAGGCCGGUGAGAACACACACGCGUCCCGCAGCCCAGUGGUGCCUCUGAUCUGAGCAGCAGGUUCAAAGGGUGUUUGUGGAGGGACAGAGGAGGGGCUCGAUCUAUUGACUCGAGAACGUGUGAGCAGGAGCCAGCCUGGGUUUCCCACACUAUCUGUCCAUUUAUUACCCAAAAUUCUCUCAGGGCGGGAGGGGGGCCCGGAACAAUAGAAGUGUGCCAUCCUUGAGAGCACGGGAUAAUUGCGCUUAAUUGACAUUCACAGUGAAUGCAUUCCGGUCAGUGUGUGUGAAGACUGAAGAAACACUUUAAGAGCAUCACAUCAACAUUUUCUCUUAAUUACAUUUUACUUAUAUAUUUGAAUUUUUUAUUCUAGAAUUUUUUAUCUACUUUACAGCAUUUGUGCAAAUAAUAAUUUAUCAUUUAGCAGCCAGCUGUACAGGAUCUGUCUUUGCCCGAUAAGGUGUGCGACGUCUUAUCUAUAUGUCCUUAGCAUCCCUUGGGAAAUUAUCAUAUGUCUACAGUCCCCAUCUGCAGAAGCCUUAUCAGUGCGCGGCGAUGUUCCCAGGUAAUAAAAGUACAGCAACCUGCCUGUGUUGUGUUCGGUGUGUGGAAGACUAUUCCCUCCGUGGGAGCCCUGAGGCCAGUUAACCAUGAAAUAAUUGAUGCCUCUUCUAUUGUUGAGGACGCCUCACCCACUGGCCUCAGAGUGUGGGAAAGCUAAUCCUGACUGGGACUCAUGGCUUUGUAAUGCUAAUGAGCUCCUAUAAAUAGAGGAGCACGACCCUCAUUCUCAACACAACCAACUUGCUCUCCUCAGAGAAACAUCUCUCCAUCUGAAAGAAUGGCUCCAACUUACAUGACUGACUACUCCAAACUUUCCAACAAGGAGAAACAUAAAUUAAGAAAACCUGUGGUGGAAAAGAUGCGCAGAGAUCGCAUCAACAACUGCAUCGAGCAGCUCAAAUCCAUGCUGGAGAAGGAAUUCACCCAGCAGGAUCCAAACACCAAGCUGGAGAAAGCCGACAUCCUGGAGAUGACGGUGGUCUUCCUGAAACAGCAGCUGCAGCCCAAGACUUCAGCUCCACAGAAAGCCCACUUGGACGGCUAUUCCCAGUGCUGGAGGGAGACCAUGAACUUCCUAUCUGUCAACUCCAAGGUGGACGCUGUACGUCAGCAUCUGAACCACUGCCAAGAAGCCCAGAGAUCAGCUAAAGACCUCAUGUCUCCAGCUUCCCAUCAGCCCACCAAGGUGAAGCAGGAACCAUGUGCUCACAGUCCGCUCUGGAGACCCUGGUAGAGACCCCAAGAUGAAAGACUUUCACAUUCAAACUAGAUGGUGGUUUUACCGUCUCUUAUGUUGUAGGAGAUAAACAUUUCCAUAUUUCUAUGUUCAUUGCAAACAUACGUUCAGCUGCUUCAUAUUGAAGUUUCGAUUGUUUUAUUCUUAAUAAGAUUUUCUUUGGAAAUUAUUGCUAUUAUUAGUAUGACAUUUGCCUUGAUUGUGUCUAAAGGCUCCAGUUUAAUGUUGUUUGACAUGCAAACAGUGAUAUUGCUCAGAAUCUGAGCUCUUUGUAAGGUCCUGAUGGACAUUCAUUUGAUACAGCCUUUUGUGAAGGCUACAGAAAAACAAUAUUUGUUCUUGUGAUGGCACUCCGGUGCAUUGAAACAUUGUGGACACUGUGUGUCUAACAUUGCAUUUAAUAAAAGCAACUUAUUACUAAAAA